AUGCCUUUGCAAGCCCUACGAACAGUAGCAAAGCCUCAAGUGUGUCUUGAAACAUAUGCCGCGCUGAUCGAGGGCUAAUGUGGUCCGCAGAAUGGCGUUGGCGCCUUCAUCCUCCAAUGUAAACGCCUCGAUUUCUACUACUGCGACUGGGCCGGCAGCAGCAGAGGCAUGAAGUCAGUCACUACCCCCUUUUCCCAGCGUAGUAUGUCAGACACUGACGCUACUGAUCUGUGUAGCGACUUCCUCAAGAAGUCCCUCCCGACCUUUGCGCGCGAAAACCCCAACAUCGAAAUCACCGUCUCUCCUCGACCCAAGAAACACCCCGUCGUGACAGGACACUACAUCAAUGGGCGACAAAAGGCGAUAUGUGUGAGGAAUAUGACACCGGGUGAGAUACUGGGGAAGGUGCAGUUGUUGAGGGGGGCUAGCGGGGAGAAAUUGAAAAGGGUUGUCGGGAGUGGGAAGGUUCGGAGUGAGAAGGAGAGUGUGCGAGGUGUCUGGAGUCCGUUCCAUGGGAAGGAGAUGUUUAGGAUAUGA